AUGACUGUACCGUUUUCCUUAACGUUAAAUGAUGGCAACAAAAUGCCAUCAAUCGGAGUUAACACGUGGAAUCUUGAUAUCGAAGAUUUGGAUUUCGUCAUAAAGGAGGCGUUAUAUGUGGGGUUUCGCCACAUAGACACAUCGGUUUUCAAUUUAAACGAAAGACUAUUGGGAAAAGUGUUGAAAAAACUCAUGGAUGAAGGCAAAGUGCAGCGAUCAGAUUUAUUUAUUACCACAAAGCUUCCUCCUACAGCUAAUAAACCCGAAUUUGUGGAGACCGCAAUGCUACAAUCGUUGCAUAACUUACAGCUGGAAUAUAUUGAUCUAUAUCUGAUACAGUUGCCCGUUACAUUAAUCCAUGACGAGAGUUUCGAAGUGAUAAAACGGCAAAAGGAUGGCUUAGUUUGCUUGGAUAAUACGGACCAUAUACUUGUUUGGAAGCAAAUGGAAGAUCUGGUCAUAAAAGGCUUGACAAAGUCAAUUGGUUUGGCUAAUUUUAACCAAAAUCAAAUCACCAAUAUACUAUGUAAUUGUAGUAUUCCACCCGCUGUUCUACAGAUCGAAUAUCACAUAUAUCUGCAACAACCCGAAUUACUGAAAUUUUGUCAGUUGCAUAAUAUUACAAUAACAUCAUUUGCCUCACUCGGUACGCAUGAUAUGCUAUCUUCCAAUUAUUUUAUGACUAAACGCACGCGUUUGCCGAGCUUGCUGGAAGUGCCCGAAGUGCGAGAAAUCGCUAAAAAAUAUAACAAGACCGAAUCACAAAUACUUAUGCGUUGGAUUUUAGAGAAACAGCUCUCGGCUUUAUUGCGAAUGCACAACUCCGGUCGUAUGCAUGAAAUUAUGGGCAUAUUUGAGUUUUCCAUCGGAAGUCAUGAUAUAAGAAAACUGGAUGCCUUAGAUAGAAACAUACGUACCGUAGACUUUGGCUUUUUGAAUGGCAUUGAAAAUCAUCCUCAGUAUCCUUUCUAA